CUCAUACUUUCACCACAAUCCCAUUCUGUAUGCAUCAGCAGCUGCAAGGAUGAAAUUCUUCGAGAACGUCUUUACAUACGACUACUCUUUCCCCGCCGUGUCGCUGGCGUACUUCCUUCGCUAUCCUAAUCCAUACUCUCGCCAUGUCCUAACCACUGAUGUGAUUGACCGCUAUGUCGACCCGGAGACGAAACGCCUUCACACGAUUCGCCUGCACCUCAAGAAGUCUAAGGUUCCCUCGGGCAUUCUCAAGUUGCUGCCAAAGGGGAUCGGCGGCUCGGACAGCUCCGGCCAGAGCUAUAUCUUGGAGACGACCAUCGUCGACGUCAAUGAAGGCUGGAUGAAGACCGAGUCGCGCAACAUGGAGUGGACUGGGAUCCUGAGCGUGGUGGAGAAGCAAUUCUACCAGCGCCAGCCGCUCGAAGGGGCCCUCGACAAAUUGCAAGGGCUUCACCUCGACGGAAAGUUGACCGAGCAGACGACAGUAAAGACGACGGUCACCUUCCACUCUCGAUUCGGACAAGGGAAAUUACUAGGCCGGAGAAAGGCUGAAGGCGGAAGUGACCAGGCGGGCGAGAUUGAGGACGAGAUCCCCAAGAGAGGAUUCUUCACGUCGCUGUCCACGGCAGGCAUCCAGCGCACUAUCGAGCUGAUCGGACUGAAUCGCACUCGGGACGCUGUCGUCAAGAGCAAACAAGGCAUGAAUGUCGUGCUCGAACGGCUCCGCAGCGGUGGCAUUGUCGGUGUCCUCGAGGGUAUGCGUCAGGACCGGGAAGCCAUUGUGGGGCCGGAAGGUCCGUGGAAGCGCGUUUGGCUUAGGGGUAACGCCGAUGAUGAUGAACAUUGACUUCGAGGCGGUUGAGCGAAGACGAUUCGCUUUCAAUAAAUAUAUAUGCGACAUUCCAGCGUGGAGCUUUGGCGUUUGGGUUUUUUGUUUUCAUACUGAUACAUCCAGGACACUCUCCCAUUGGUUAUUGUUUUCUUCAUUCAGGUCGACAGGGAUUAUCGUCGACAUCGCCGCCACAACAAGCAUAUUUGAGCACAUUUUGGAUGGGAAAAG